UUCUCCCUUCAUUUCCCUUCUGCUUCUUUACUUUUCUCCUCUUCCUCCUCUAGCUCCUCUCCAGCACCACUCCAGACCAACAUCAACAGCAGCGGGGUUAUCUUAGACAUCUCCACUCUUACGAUGGAGCAGCAGGAGAGUGAGGAGGUGCCUCCGCUGCCUCCCCGCUUCCGCUUCAGAGACCUACUGCUCGGGGAUCAGAGCUUCCAGAAUGACGACAGAGUGCAGGUGGAGUUUUAUGUGAAUGAAAACACCUUCAAGGAACGCCUGAAGCUUUUCUUCAUCAAAAACCAAAGAUCAAGCCUUCGGAUUCGUGUGUUUAACUUCUCCCUGAAGCUGCUCACCUGCCUGCUGUACACCAUCCGCGUGGUGACUGAUAACCCGGGUCAGGGCGCCAGUGCCAGUCACAGCGCAGGACAGCAGAACGCUCCCAGUGGAAACAACAAAUGUGUCGACUGCCAGUGGAACGGAUCUGUGCAGGACAGAGAAAUUAACUGGGAUUUGAUCUUCUGGGUGGAUAGAAAGGUUCCUGUCUGGGCCAUUCAAGUAAUUGUGGCCAUCAUUAGUUUCCUGGAGACUAUGUUACUAAUGUAUCUGAGCUACAAGGGGAACAUCUGGGAGCAGAUAUUCCAGGUGUCCUUUCUUCUGGAGAUGAUCAACACAGUUCCCUUCAUCAUUACGAUCUUCUGGCCCUCAAUAAGAAACAUCUUCAUUCCCGUGUUUCUCAACUGCUGGCUGGCUAAGUGUGCUUUGGAGAACAUGAUCAAUGAUGUCCACAGAGCAAUCCAGAGGACCAACUCAGCCAUGUUCAACCAGGUCCUCAUUCUGAUCUGCACCCUGCUCUGCCUGGUCUUCACUGGCACAUGUGGAAUCCAGCACCUGGAGCGAGCAGGCAAAAACCUCUCCCUCUUUAAUUCCUUCUACUUCUGCAUUGUCACCUUCUCCACCGUGGGCUUUGGAGACGUCACCCCCCGCAUAUGGCCCUCCCAGCUACUGGUGGUCAUCAUGAUCUGUGUGGCUCUGGUGGUGCUGCCUCUGCAGUUUGAGGAGCUGAUGUACCUGUGGAUGGAGAGACAGAAGUCUGGAGGGAAUUACAGCCGCCACAGAGCACAGACGGAGAAACAUGUAGUGCUGUGUGUCAGCACACUAAAGAUAGACCUGCUCAUGGAUUUUCUCAAUGAAUUCUAUGCCCAUCCUAGACUGCAGGAUUACUAUGUAGUGAUCCUGUGCCCAAGUGAAAUGGACCUCCAGGUACGGAGAGUGCUCCAGAUCCCUCUGUGGUCUCAAAGGGUCAUCUAUCUGCAAGGAUCUGUUCUCAAAGACCAGGACCUGCUGAGAGCCAAAAUGGAUGACGCAGAGGCUUGUUUCAUUCUAAGCAGUCGUAACGAAAUGGAUCGCAUGGCUGCGGACCAUCAAACCAUCCUGAGAGCCUGGGCAGUGAAGGACUUUGCUCCAAAUUGCCCCCUUUAUGUCCAAAUACUUAAACCUGAAAAUAAGUUCCAUGUCAAAUUUGCAGAUCAUGUUGUGUGUGAGGAGGAGUUCAAAUAUGCCAUGUUGGCUCUCAACUGUGUGUGUCCUGCCACCUCCACCUUGGUCACGCUCCUUGUACACACCUCCCGCGGACGAGAAGGACAACAGUCUCCAGAGCAAUGGCAGAGGAUGUACGGAUGUUGCUCUGGCAACGAGGUCUACCACAUCCGAGUGUGUGACAGCAAGUUCUUUGGAGAGUAUAACGGCAAAAGCUUUACAUACGCCUCCUUUCAUGCUCACAAGAAGUAUGGCGUGUGUCUGAUCGGUAUAAAGAGGGAAGACAACAAGAGCAUCCUGCUGAACCCUGGCCCGCGCCACAUCAUGGCUUCCACAGACACCUGCUACUACAUCAACAUCACUAAGGAGGAGAACUCAGCCUUCAUCUUCAACCAGGAAGAGAAGAAGGGCCGCCCUGCCGGGGGACGCUAUGACGGACCCUCGCAGCUUCCUGUGCACAGCAUCAUUGCUAGCAUGGGCACUGUUGCCAUGGAUCUUCAGAAUACGAGUCCACCUGACGUCUCAGGUGGUAGACUGGUCCCACCUGCGUUAAAUGGAACAGAGGGCCGCCGGCCGAGCAUCGCUCCAGUUCAGGAGAUCGCCGACUCCUCCUCAAUUCUGCCAUGUGACCUCCUCAGUGACCAAUCAGAAGAUGACUCCGUCUUCACAGAUGAAAAAGGCCACUCAUCUACUGAGUACGUGAAAGGUUAUCCCCCUAACUCUCCGUACAUUGGGAGCUCGCCUACCUUGUGCCAUCUGUUGGCUGAAAAAGCCCCGUUUUGCUGCCUACGACUUGACCAGGGUUGCAGGCACAACAGCUUUGAGGAUGCUAAGGCUUAUGGUUUUAAAAACAAGCUCAUCAUUGUGUCUGCUGAGACUGCAGGGAACGGUCUUUAUAACUUCAUAGUGCCUCUCAGAGCUUAUUACAGACCAAGGAAAGAACUCAACCCCAUUGUCUUGCUGCUUGAUAACUCGCCAGAAAAUCACUUUCUGGAGGCCAUCUGCUGUUUUCCUAUGGUCUACUACAUGGCUGGGACCAUAGACAAUCUGGACAGCCUGCUGCAGUGUGGCAUUAUGUACGCCGAUAAUUUGGUUGUUGUGGAUAAAGAGAGUACGAUGAGUGCUGAGGAGGACUACAUGGCUGAUGCCAAAACUAUUGUCAAUGUACAGACUAUGUUCAGGUUGUUUCCCAGUCUCAGCAUUAUCACAGAGCUUACUCAUCCAUCCAACAUGAGGUUCAUGCAGUUCAGAGCAAAGGACUGCUAUUCACUGGCCCUCUCCAAGCUGGAGAAGAAAGAGCGUGAUAAAGGUUCCAACUUGGCCUUCAUGUUUCGCCUACCCUUCGCUGCAGGGAGAGUAUUCAGUAUCAGCAUGCUGGACACCCUGCUGUAUCAGUCUUUUGUGAAGGACUACAUGAUUCUUAUUGCAAGGCUGCUGCUGGGGCUGGACACCACUCCAGGAUCAGGAUACCUCUGUGCUAUGAAAGUAACAGAGGAAGAUCUGUGGAUUAGUACUUAUGGUAGACUGUUCCAGAAACUCUGCUCCUCCAGUGCCGAAAUUCCUAUCGGGAUCUAUCGGACAGAAUCCCACAUUUUCCCAACUUCUGAGUCGCAGGUGUCAGUCAGUGUUGAUGACUGCGAGGACACCAAGGACAAGGGGGACGAAUCUCGCAGCAAUGACCAAUCAGAUCACCCUCUGCUGAGGAAGAAGAGCAUGCAGUGGGCACGGCGUCUGAGUAAGAAAAGCAUGAGGCGGCAGGGAGUUGGCCGCGACUCGAGCAAGGACCACAGCCAGCGCAUCGCUCAGCAGCGCCUCAACCUCUACCGACGCUCUGAGAGGGAAGAGCUGUCUGAGCUGGUCCGCAACCGCAUGAGACAUCUGGGCCUCCCCACCUCCGGAUAUGAUGAGCAGAAUGAUCACCAAAACACCUUGUCCUACGUCCUGAUUAACCCUUCUCCUGACACCAGACUGGAGCUCAAUGACGUUGUGUACUUGAUUCGUUCAGACCCUCUGGCUCACGUCCCAGAGGUGCCUCCUGUCCACAGAAGCAGCCUGAGAGAGACACACGAGUCCAGCAUGGACGCCAGAGAGGACACCCAGCUCUGAUACCAUGAUGACCUUCACUGGUACACUCUUUCAUAAUCACCCCCUUCAGCUUCCAAGGGGGUCUGGUUGCAACCACGCAGGUCCAGUCUGAAAGAGCACAAUUUGUGCUACAAUGUUCCAGCACUGCAGUUUUCAACUGUAUUAUAUGAGUGCCUACUGUUUGGCAAGUGACAUUUAACAUCAUCUGUGACGUUUUCAUCCUCUUGCUACAAUGUAAGAAUAGUGCAUUCGUUGCUGUGAAAGCUCUCUCAGAUGAGCCGUCAGGGACAAGUUUGUUAACAAACUUAUUCAGCUAACUGAAGGGAUUUGAAUCUGUUCCAUCACACGUGCAGUGUUGCCCUUUAUUAGAGUGAGUUAGAGAGAUUCACCAAACAAAAGAAUCAGGAUCUAAAUGAAUUGUAUAUUUUGCUUCUGCUGUUUUGGGUUGUGGCUCCCUCGGGAAAAGUGCAAGUUGAACAUCAAGAUUAGAGAUUUUGGGAUGCAGAGGUUUGUUGCCCAGGCUUGACUUAACAGAAAUCAGAUGCAAUUAUUCAAAAUUUCCCAGGGCCAUAUACACUCACCUAUUCCCCACCAAUAUAAAAUAUAAUCAUAAAAUCAAAAAUAAUGUUCUACAGUAUGUGACUUAAAUAAAUAUGUGCAUUAAAGCUUUCCUUCAAAGCUUGUUUUUUCUGUAGCUGAACCAUAGAAAUACAUAGUUGUUCAGUGGUGUAGAAGUCUUGAUUAGUAUGUUUUGUACAAACAAUGAUGGUUACGUGUAUGUUUCUCUGCAGUGCUUUUCUUAGGUUGGAUCAGGUUUUUGCACUACAAGUGCUUAGUUCAACCGUUUUAACCGUGACAUAUAGUCAGUAUUGUGCCAUAAAAGAUUUAUUUGAUUUGUUUUAUAUAAUUGUAACCAGAAAACCUCAUUUUACUUUCAGCACUGCUCAGUGAAAGAAUGUGCUUAUGAAUUUACAUUU